ACAGGAACGCGCCAUGCGCAAAGACUCAUCGAAUCGUUCCGGCGCCUCGUCCCGAAGCGAAUGCGAAGUUUAAAUUGAACCGGCCAACGAAACGCACGGGGUCCGCUGUAAGUCCCGUCGAUUUGCAUUUAUCGACCGUGUGUGAGCCUAGCUCAUUUCAAGCUAUUUUUAUCCCCCUUCAGCUCCUUCUUCAAGUUAUUCUUUUAGUUCCCUUUAAUUUCUCCCGUUCAUUCAAGGCCUCUCUCUCCCCAGUAUUCUUGCCUUUUCUUCAACUUGUUCCAUAAAUGAGCCAGUAAGGGUGCGCGGCAAAAAAUGAACCGGAUCGGCUGGUUUGUCGUCUGCUUGGUGCUUGUAUCUGCAAUUCCAGCGUUCUCGGCGAAUGAAUCGACAAUUAUUGAGGAUCAUCAAUUUUCAAAGAAUGAGACGUUCUUAAAACCAAAAGUACAGUCUGAUGUGUCAUUGGUGGGUCAAUUUUUUACCCAAUUUUUCGACUGGCUCACGGACGUUCAAGAAAAUGGCGAUAAAAGUCAAGGUCGAACAUUUGGACAAAAACGAAUUCAAUUCAUGAUGUUGGCCCCAAUGAUGUACAAAAUGGGAGUAAUGAUGACUAUGUUGAUGGUACUGACCGUGAUUUCCACGAAAGGACUUGUGAUUGGUGCUAUUCUGCUGAUUUUAAAGUUGAGCAGCUUCUUAGCGAAAUUUUACGUCGGUUGGCAACCACAAGGUCACGGGCAAAUCUGGCCUCACCAACAACCAGUUCACGUUCAUGUUCAUGGACAACAAGCCCACCAUCAAGCUUAUAGCGCCUGGCCACCUGACAGUGAUACAAUUAGUCCAGAUGAGCAUUAUUACUAUAAAGGAUAGAAUUUUAACAUUGAGAAGGAUUCUAAAGUGUUUUUCUUUUUAAAAUUAAUAACUAAACUUUUUUGACGAUUACUAAUUCAAAAUUGUAAUUAGUUAAACAACAUUCUUUUUUUAACUACAAGUAUUACAAUUAGUGCACUAUUUAAGCUUUAGGAUCCUUUACUUCUUAAAAUUGAUCAUUAGAUAGCUAAUUAAUCAGUGCCAAAAUAGUUCAGGAACUAUUUACUACUCGAAACGAGCCCUACCAACGUUUAUCUCAACUUUUAACUAUUAGUUCGUUUUUACCACUUGAAACAAAAUAAAAUUCAUAAUUUAGCUAUUCGGAAUUUUCAAAAGUAAAAUUAAAGAAUCAUUCAAGAUUUGAAUUCGUUUUGGCUCCUAAUCGAUUUUUAUGUAACUUUCGGAUUUUACAGUUCUUAGAAUGUCCAGAACCAUUCAAAAUUCAAAAAUUACAAAACAAUUGAUUGGGAGUCAAAACUUAUGAAAAUUUUAAGGAAUCCUUUCAAUUCAA